GGAGCGGGGCAGGAAGAGGGCUGCUAAGAUAGCAUUUCACCUUCCAUUUGCUAAACUCGAGGAUCUCCUCUCCUCCUCCUCUUCCUCCUCCUCCUCCUCCUCCACCUCCCUGGGUUAGCCAUUCUCCAUUACAGGCAUUCACCCCAGGUCAGAAGACACACACACACCACACACACAAACACCUUGGGGUGAAAGAGAGAGAGAGAGAGAGAGAGAGAGAGAGAGAGAGAGAGAGAGAGAGCGAGCUGGCCUUAUGACCAGGACUUUCAGGAAAGGAGACAGGACAGGAUUCUGCCGUGCAUCUGACCCCAGCAGACACUGUCAGCCACCAAGCCUGCAGCCCAAGUCAGACCCCUCCUUUAUGCAUGUCAUGAGUACUUACUUGUCUCUGCCCGAAUGUAACUGUGUUUGAGGAUUCAGAAUACAUGUGUGCACUAUGCCUGGCCCAAUAGCAACAAUUCUGUGUGAAUGCCCCUAUACAAAUGUGUGUGAACAAGCCCUACUUGUUCACCUCUGAGGAUAUAUGAUCCACUGGAUGGAUGACAGGGAAACAACCUUAUGUGGCCUUGGCCCUUUGUGUGUGCUCUCUCUCUUUCACACACACACACUCUGUGUGUGUGUGUGUGUGUGUGUGUGUGUGUGUGUGUGUGUGUGUGCGCGCGCGUGCACAUGACUCCUAUGAAUGCCUGUGUUCUUGGCCCUGCACUGUGUACAAGUGUGUCACCGUCUUUGAGACCCACAAAUGCCCCUUACUCCGCACUGAGUGGCUCCUCUGACCUAGGAUGUAGUCCUCCUGUCUCUGCCUGGACAUACUUCCCUAGCGGGAGGACUCACCCUUCAGUGCUGAGGAAACAGGAGGCCCCCGAGUGUAAACAGGUGUGCUUUCACAGGGAGGGUACGGGUACGGCUUGGGCAGCAUGAAACCUCCAGCUGCUCUAGCCCUCAAAACAAGAACUCGAUGCCCUUUCUGUGGCUCAGAGACCCUCUCACUCUCCCUCUUGUGACAGUGCUAACCUUUACCUCUUGAACAAACCCUCCAAAUUCUUGCUAUUCCUCUGACUAGCUCCAGGUCCCUCCCCUCUCUUUACAGCCAGAUGGUUAAUAUUUGACCCAGAAGGAAAAGGAGAGGCCAGUGACACCCUCUGACCCUGCCUAUGGCUGUCUGAUGACAUUGGGUAGAUCAGGCAGCCUCCACAUCUGGCCCAGCCAAGGAAAUCUCCGGAAGUUCCCUGGCCUAUCAAUGGCCUCCACCUCAGGCUCGGUUCUAGUCUUUAAGUCUCCUGUGCAGAAAUUACACCUGUGCAGCUCAGGGACCCAACUCCCUGCACCUCACCCCCAGCCCCUCAAGCCUUUGCUUCCUGCCAGGAGAGAACAGACAGAGACCUGGAACUUGCCCUGAGACUAGGGGCAAGGUGACCCCUUCAGUACCCUACAGUCCUCCUGGGACCCUACACUGCUCACUCUCCAUGGAAUUUGCAUUUGAUACAGAAAGGCACGUGGUGACCCGCCCUUCCCUCUGACUUCUUACCUGUGAUUCCAUGGCCACACAACCCUGUGGCUCCAUGUCCCCCCCAUUCCAUGAUCCUCCAUGGCCCCAUGACUACUUGACCCCCAUGACCUCAUGACCCCUGACCCCCAUGUGAUCACACCCUGGACUUUGAACCCAGUGACUGCUCUUCCCCUCUCCUCCUGUGACUCUCCUGGGCUGCCCUCGGGGUCUUGUUGGUCUGAACUUCCACAGGAAGAUGUGGGGGAGGCUCUGGCCCCUCCUCUUCAGCUUCCUCACAGUAACAGCAGUGCCUGGACCCUCACUGCGGAGACCAUCCCGAGAGCUAGAUGCCACCCCACGGCUGACCAUCUCCUAUGAAGAGCUCUCCCAGAUUCGGCACUUCAAGGGCCAAGCCCAGAACUAUUCAACACUGCUGCUGGAGGAGGCUUCUGAGAGGCUGCUGGUGGGGGCUCGAGGCGCCCUCUUCUCUCUCAGUGCCCGUGACAUAAGAGAUAGAACUCACAAAGAGAUCCACUGGGAGGCCUCCCCAGAGAUGCAAAGCAAGUGUCAUCAGAAAGGGAAAAACAACCAGACCGAGUGUUUCAACCACGUGCGAUUUCUACAGCGGCUCAAUGCCACCCACUUCUAUGCAUGUGGGACCCACGCCUUCCAGCCCCUCUGUGCAGCUAUUGAUGCUGAAGCCUUCAUCUUGCCUACUAGUUUCGAGGAGGGAAAGGAGAAAUGUCCUUAUGACCCGGCCCGUGGCUUCACAGGCCUUAUCAUUGAUGGAGGCCUCUACACAGCCACCCGGUAUGAAUUCCGGAGCAUUCCUGAUAUCCGCCGGAGCCGCCACCCACACUCUCUGAGAACUGAGGAGGCUCCCAUGCACUGGCUCAAUGAUGCCGAGUUUGUGUUCUCUGUGCUGGUGCGGGAGAGCAAGACCAGCGCAGUGGGUGACGAUGACAAGAUUUACUUCUUCUUCAUGGAGCGUGAGGAAGGCUCCAGCAGCUUCACACAGAGUCGCAGCAGCCACCGUGUGGCUAGAGUAGCCCGUGUGUGCAAGGGAGACCUGGGAGGGAAGAAGAUCCUACAGAAGAAGUGGACAUCCUUCCUGAAGGCUCGUCUCAUCUGCCACAUCCCACAGUAUGAGACACUACGUGGGGUCUGCAGCCUGGAUGCUGAUACAUCAUCCCACACACAUUUUUAUGCAGUCUUCACACUGACAACACAGUGGAAGACGCUGGAGGCUUCAGCCAUCUGCCGCUAUGACCUGGCUGAGAUUCAGGCUGUCUUCACAGGCCCUUUUAUGGAGUACCAGGAUGGUGCCCGGCGCUGGGGCCGCUAUGAGGGUGGGGUGCCUGAACCCCGGCCUGGCUCGUGCAUCACAGAUUCAUUGCGCAGCCGAGGCUACAACUCAUCCCAAGACUUGCCAUCCCUGGUUCUGGACUUUGUGAAGUUGCAUCCCCUGAUGGCUCGGCCUGUGGUGCCCACACGUGGGCGGCCCUUGCUGCUGAAGCGCAAUGUACGCUACACACAUCUCACAGGAACACACGUCAGCACACCUGCUGGACCCACCUAUGACCUGCUCUUUCUGGGCACAGCUGAUGGCUGGAUCCACAAGGCCGUAGUCCUGGGCUCUGGGAUGCACAUAAUUGAAGAGAUACAAGUGUUCAGAGAGCCCCAGUCUGUGGACAAUCUAGUUAUCUCACCGAUGCAGCACAGCCUCUACGUGGGGGCUGCAAGUGGAGUCCUCCAGUUUCCUCUGUCCAGCUGCUCACGCUACCAGUCCUGCUAUGACUGCAUCCUGGCACGGGACCCCUACUGUGGCUGGGACUCCAGCACCCAUGCCUGCAUGGUGGCCACCACCAUAGCCAACAGGACAGAAUUGAUACAGGACGUAGAGAGAGGAAAUAGAGGCUGCGAGGGCAGCAGGGAUGCAGGACCACCACCACCACUCAAGACCCGAUCUGUGCUCCGGGGUGAUGAUGUCCUCCUGCCCUGUGACCAGCCGUCUAACCUGGCCCGGGCUUUGUGGCUACUCAAUGGGAGCAAGAGCCUGAGCGACGGGCAGGAUGGCUACCGCGUGGGAGUGGAUGGGCUGCUGGUAACAGACACACAACUGGAGCACAGUGGCAACUAUGGCUGCUAUGCCGAGGAGAAUGGCCUCCGUAUGCUGUUGGCGUCCUAUAGCCUCACGGUCCGGCCAGCCACCCCUGCUCCAGCUCCACAAGCCCCUGCCACACCUGGGGCACAGCUGGCACAUGACAUGAGGAUGUUCUAUGUGGUAGCCAUUGCUAUACUUGGUGGCCUCUGCCUCAUCUUGGCAUCUUCCCUCCUCUAUGUGGCUUGUCUGAGGGGAGGCAGACGAGGUCGAAGACGAAAAUACUCACUGGGUCGGGCUGGCCGGGCAGGGGGCUCGGCCGUGCAGCUGCAGACUGUCUCAGGCCAGUGUCCUGGAGAGGAAGAUGAAGGUGAUGAUGGAGAAGGAACUGGGGGUCUGGAGAGUGGCUGCCUCCAGAUCAUCCCUGGGGAAGGAGCCCCAGCUCCACCACCCCCACCACCCCCACCCCCACCCGCUGAGCUGACCAAUGGGCUGGUGGCACUGCCCAGCCGGCUGCGAAGGAUGAAUGGCAACAGUUAUGUGCUCCUGAGGCAGAGCAACAAUGGAGUGCCAGCAGGACCCUGCUCCUUUGCAGAGGAGCUCAGCCGCAUCCUGGAGAAGAGGAAGCACACACAGCUUGUAGAGCAGCUAGAUGAGAGCUCUGUCUGAGUCUAGCCCCCCAAACAAAUGCUCUUCCAAGUCAGCCUGGCUGCCCUAGGCUGGGCCACUGCCUCCCCAACAGCUCCACCCUCUUCCAUCCUCCCAACUCCAUUUCCUUCCAACUUUUUGAUGUCUCUGUCGGGCUGGCCAAAGUCAUGGUUAGCCAAAGUCCCCUCUUCAGUCUCCAAGAUACAUGUGAGCAGCCCAGGCCCACCGGUGCUCCUCAAAGGUAGGUGCUCCCCCAGAACCAAGUACUCUGCAAACCCAGACCCAGUUUCUACCCGAUGACCUAGAGACGUGGGAGGAGAGAAUUGUCUUCUUAUCCCGUUGUCUGCCCAACCUUCCUCUUCUUCUCAGGUAGGGCUCUGCAGGUCCAGAUGGCCUCAAUGUCACCACCCUCUGCACAGCUGUGUGCUGGGUAGUCCUGAAUUCAGACAAGACCUCUCUCUACCAGCCACCUGAGUCCUGCUUCCAUUCAUAUGUGCACAUGGAAGAAUGUUUAUCAGCUGGGCUGCAGUGUCCCACUCUUCCUCCUGGGGCACCCUUGUCUCACCUAUCCUAGAUUCAGGGCACCCUCUCAACUGCCACCUUGCUAUCUCGUCUUUCCAGCCCCAGCCCCAUGUGGUAACCCCUUGGCAGGAGACUGGGAGAAGCAUCAGUGCUCUCCUUCCUCCACAGCCCUUAAGUCAGCCUCCCUCCUCCUCUCAUUCACAUGCAAGGGUGCCAGGGCUCCGGGCAUGGCCUUUCCCUGUGCACAUGUGGCGACACACCCAGAUCAUGUGCUUCCAUUUCCACCCACAUGCACAUUCUGAACUUCCCCCUGGCUGCCUCCGUCAGACCUGUGUCUACUAGGUUUGGUCCAUGGAUAUUUCAAAGGAAGAUUUCCCUUCCCAUUUAUCGGUCCUCACUGAACUAGGACAAGUGGCCAACACUGCACUCAAUGAGCCAGCUUCCCUCUUAGGGACCAAGCGAUUGCUUCUCCUAGACCAGAGCAGGAGGAAGUGAUCUGCUAUCUCACCUGGCACAUGAAGCCCACUCCUGGAACUAUGCAAAGGGCAGAGGCUGGGCGUGUGGAUGCUUGGCUCCCAUCCCUGUCCUACCUCACCAGGGCACUUUCAAGGUCCAAGGGCCUCAGAUGUCUCCAGGCCCACAUGGGACAAUCAACCCUGACUGAGCCCCCCAUUCCUCUUGGGUGAGGAUGACUGUUAUUUUUGUAGCUGAGAACGUGGAACCCCACGAGUUUUUACUGCCCUUCACCCAUAUCUCUCCCACCUCCACCCCACAAUGAAUGUAUUUAUUGUGAGAAUGGCUGUACUUCUUCAGGAAUGCCCCCACUCAUCACCCAGGUGGGUGGAACAGGCAUGUGAUGGAAUGGGGAGCCUGGGCUCUGCUCCUCCUGACAUUGGCUAAUAAAUGCCUCUUUCCCCACA